UAUAAUGAGGAGAUACAAGGAGGGUGAUGUAAUGGCAGGUGCAACUCAGGAAAGGGUGAUGUAACAAGGCCCGGGGUGCUUCAGGCGUGGUGUGGCCACUCGAUGGCCGACGGCCGGGGUGAGGAGCUGAGCUGUCAGUGAAGCCAGGGUUCAGUGAGGGAGCGAUCUGCUUCUGACUUCCCAGCCUUGAGGGUGGAGCCACCAUUUCCUGGUCACAAUGACUGGCAGACUCAGUUGUGGCAGACAGCUGCUCUCUCCUACUUUGAGACAAAGGACUGGCUGGAAACAAGAGUGGAGGGGCUCCCAAAUCAAGUCCCUUCUGCUCUACUGCUCCACAUCUUCCCGGGUCUUUCCUGCCCCUUCUCCAGGAAGUCACCUCUACCUCCUCACCCGACCCUUCCCCACCACAGACUCCAUCCCUUCAUGCUCCCCGUGCCGACAGGGAGCUCCUAGACCAAUGAGAAAAUGGGAGAUGAGCCUGGAAGUGAGAACCAAUAGCCUGGGGAGGCUGGAAUCCCAGGGGCAGCAGUGUGGCCUUGCUUGGGAGUCAAGAAUGAAAGUCCAGCAGGGGUGGCAGGGGUGCGGCUAUGCGUACCUCCUUCCGUCCUCACUUCCUUGCAUCAUCUCUCUUGGGAUGGAUACUUUCGGGACACUUCCCCAGGUGUCCCUCCCUUUCUUCUCUGCCUGGACCCCAGACACCCCCUAGAGUGAGCUGUGUCUCUGGGUAGACCGAGAUCCUGUUCAGUCUACCUCAAGUGGCCUGUGAGCCAUGCUAAGGGAGUUGGUGAUUAUCCUGAAAAAUCACAGGAAACCUCAGGGACAACCCUGUCCAGAACUGGUGCAGGUCAGACUAGGGUGGGGUGUCUGAAGGACAGAGGACAUGAAGGAUGUGCAAUCAGAACCUGGUCACCCGCCCACCUGCAGGCUUGGGUUCUCCUUCAGGCUAGUUUCUACCAAAGCCUGUUCCUCUGCUUGGGGACUUGGUCCAGACAGGGGCAAGUCCAGACAUGGGUAAGAACUAGCUGGGAGGAGAUUGGGUUCUGCCAUGCCUGGGGCCGUGGCUCCUGCCCCUUGGGAGAACAGACGUGGGAGGGUGCUCUCACAAUAGAUAAGUAGGCAGUGUUUCUGAGGAAGAAACUGACACAUCCAUACAGGCUCCACAAUGCCUGGGGCAGCUUGGCUGUCUUACUUCCUGGUGCCACUACUCUUGCUGGCCCUGCUGCGGUCUGCCUUGCUGGGGGCCACCCUGCUCUCCUGGCAGCAUGCUCCAGCCUGCAACAAGAUCCCCAGGGCACAGAAGCGCAGGGAGGUGGCGAUGCAGAAGAUGGAAGCCCUGGCGCGGCGUCUGCGGCAGCAGGAGCCAGAGCUGGACCCCAAGCCCAUACUGGAGCUGCCCCUGGAGAAACUGGCCCAGAAGCUGCGGGCUGACGAGCUGAGUCUGGAGAGCGUCCUCUGCAGCUAUUUAGAGGAGGCACUGAAGGUGCACCACGAGGUGAACUGCCUGACGGAUUUCCUGGGGGAAUGCGAGGAGCAACUGCAGGCAUUGAAGAAACUCAAGAAGAGUGAGAGGGGCCUUCUCUACGGGGUCCCCAUCAGCCUCAAGGACAACUUUGACUGCAUGGGCCAUGACUCUACAUGUGGCCUGGCCUAGUUCCUGGAGAAGCCGGCGGCCCAGGAUGGGGUCAUUGUCAAAGUGCUCAAGGCCCAUGGAGCUAUUCCCUUCGUUAAGACCAACAUUCCCCAGACACUGCUCAGCUUUGGUUGCAGCAACCCCAUCUAUGGACAGACUUUGAACCCCUUGAACUUAAAGAAGACACCCGGGGGCUCCUCAGGGGGCGAGGGAGCUCUGCUGGCAGAAGGGGGUUCCAUUCUGGGCAUGGGUACUGACACUGGUGGCAGUAUCCGCAUUCCAGCCAGCUUUUGUGGUGUCUGUGGCCUCCGGACCACAGGAUCCCGCCUCAGCUCCUCUGGAGUCACCUCUGCGGUCAAGGGCAAGAAAUCAGUGACCACAGCGGCUGGCCCCAUGGCUCGGGAUGUGGAGAGUCUGGCGCUGUGCCUACGAGCGCUGCUGAGUGAGGACAUGCACCGACUGGACCCCACUGUGCCCCCCCUGCCCUUCAGGGAGGAGGUGUACUCCGGUAAACGGCCCCUUCGCAUUGGCUACUAUGAAUCAGACGGCUUCACCCAGCCAUCUCCUAGCAUGGCCAGGGCUGUGAGGCUCACCUCCAGGCUGUUGCAGGAUGCAGGACACCAGGUCAUCCCAUUCUCUGUCCCCCGUGUGGAGUAUGCCUUCAUACACCUGUUCACAGGGGGUCUGUACGCUGAUGGAGGGGCUACCCUUCUGGAGAAGCUUAAGGGGGACAUUGUGGACCCCAGCAUGAAGGGCUUGGUCAGCCUGCUCUGUCUGCCAGACCCACUCAAGUGUUUCUGGGCCUGGAUCCUGAAGUACAUAGACCCCCGAACUAGCCAAAAUUUGGAAGAGAUUCGUGGAGUGGGGACACCCAAGAAACUGUGGGAGCAGCACACAGCAGUGGAGGAAUAUCAGCAAGAGUUCAUAGCCAAGUGGAGUUCCCUGGACCUGGAUGUGCUGCUGGUGCCAGCUCUGGACCCUGCCUUCUACAUCGGCUAUCCUACCUUAGCAGCAAGUAGCUUUUCCUACUUCUCCCUGUUCAACGUCCUGAACUUCUCUGCUGGCGUGGUGCCCGUCACCACCGUGACGCUAGAGGACGAGGAGGAACUGGCCUUCUACAGGGGCUACUACGGAGAUAAUUUCCAGGAGGCAGUGAGAGGCUCUGUGGGGCUUCCAGUGGGUGUGCAGUGCGUCGCUUUGCCAUGGGAAGAGGAGCUGUGUCUCCGGCUCAUGAAGGAGGUGGAGACCUUGGUCAAGAACCAGAGGGAACCCAAGUGACAAGCCACUCCUUCUCCUGGAGGCCUGCCUACACCCUCAUCCAAGUCUGCUCUCGAUGCCCCUUCCUUCUCAUGAAUACCAGAUCCACCUCGUUUCUCCUCCUCCUGGAAGGCCACCGGGUUCUUUUUCUUUGUAGUCCCUCCGUGGGUGCUCAAUACACAGACCCCCCAGUUUAGCCCAAGAUGGGGAGAAAGGUGAAGGGCUCAAUAAAUAUUUUUG